GAUGGGAGUCGGCGGCCAUCUUGGAUCAGCGCCGUUCCAGCGGGACGGGACGGUGGAGCACGGAACGGAUCGGUCGCUUAUCUAACGUUAACUCCUCGACACAACAACCAUCAUCCCGCGUCGCAGCUCGGUGUGACUAUGUUUUACAUAGAAUAUUGUCGUUCUUCAGCUGCUUCUUGAGUGCAUAAAGAUGUGUAGAAGCUGUGUUCACCGGUGAACCGUAUCCGUCGGCGUAAAUCCUCGGUGUAGUUGGAUCAUUUCUGGGCGGAGGAGUUACUAUGAAUGGAGGAUAAAUGUUGCCGAAGGCUGACAGCAACAGUUUCGUCCUCUUCUCUCUUCUUUUCGUCCUCACCUUAACGGACCCACCACGGACAGGUCCACGGCCAGCUCUGGCAAGAUUAUUCUCAGAGCAGCGCUGUCCGGGCCAGUUCGCCUGCCGCAGUGGGAAGCUGCAGUGUAUUCCGAUGUCCUGGCAGUGUGAUGGAUGGACAGCAUGUGAGGACAAGAGUGAUGAGAUGGACUGUCCCCCUGUGAAGGAGGAACGCUUCCACUUUGGAAACAGCUACGACCAGGUUGAAGAUGUGAUUGGAGUGGCCCAGCCGGUUCGCUUCAACAAGAAAUGCCCCAGUGGCUGGCAUCACUAUGAAAAGACGGCCAGCUGUUAUAAAGUCUACCUGAGGAAUGAGAACUACUGGCAGGCGGUGGACACCUGUCAGAAGGUCAACGGCUCAUUGGCCACGUUCGUAACCAAUGAGGAGCUGCAGUUCAUCCUGAAGAUCGAGGUGGACUUCGACGACAAAGUGUGUGAGCGCAGAGACCAGUGCAAGUUCUGGGUGGGCUACCAGUAUGUGAUCACCAAUCAGAACCACUCGUUACAGGGCCGCUGGGAGGUGGCUUAUAAAGGGUCUCUGCAGGUGUUUUUACCACCUGAGGGUCUAGCCAACGUCGGGGAGGCAUCUCCCACUCAGGACAACGUCUUCUGUGCCCAGCUCCAGCGUUUUCAGAUUAAAAGCAUGAAUGAACGUGGCCUGCACAGCUGGCACGCUGAAAACUGUUACAAGAAGUUCCCCUUUCUCUGCAAAAGGAGACAAACGUGCGUGGAUAUAAAAGACAACGUUGUGAAUGAGGGAUACUACUUCACCCCUAAAGGAGACGACCCAUGUCUGAGCUGCACCUGUCAUGAUGGUGAACCUGAGAUGUGUGUGGCUGCGCUGUGUGAACGUCCACAAGGCUGCCAGCAUUUCCGCAAAGACCCCAAAGAGUGCUGCAAGUUCACCUGCCUCGACCCAGAUGGAAACAGUCUGUUCGAUUCGAUGGCCAGUGGGAUGAGACUGAUCAUCAGCUGCAUCUCGUCCUUCCUCAUCCUUUCUCUCCUCCUGUUCAUGGUGCACAGACUCCGCCAGAGAAGACGUGAACGUAUUGAAACACUGAUUGGAGGAAACUUGCACCACUUUAACCUUGGGAGGCGGGUCCCAGGGUUUGACUACGGCCCAGACGCCUUUGGCACCGGUCUGACCCCGCUGCAUCUGUCUGAUGAUGGAGAGGGAGGGGCUUUUCAUUUCCAGGAGCCGCCCCCUCCGUAUGCGGCCUAUAAAUAUCCAGACAUCCAGCACCCUGACGACCCUCCCCCUCCGUAUGAAGCCUCCAUCAAUCCAGACAGCCUGCUCUACGUGGACCUCGGACACAGUGGGGUUUCCAUGGUAACGAGCCAGAUGAACGGCAUAGGGGAGGGGCUACAGACCAGUAUUCCCAACGCUUGCGGCGCCGUUCCAGACGUGGCCCUGCCCUCCCAUGAGAGGGAAGACUCUAUAGAUAGCAGCACCCUCCUGGUAAGGCCAGACACACCCACAGAAGGCCACGCCCCCAGCACCACGCCCGCAGACUGCAGCUCCUCCCUCAGCACUGUGGUAUAGGCCUGUGGACAGACUGCAGCGGAUCCAGGACAUUGGUGUCCGUGGUGGACGGUCAUGAGGACGCUGUCUCCGUCUACUGAACCACAAAAGGACGACGCUGAGUCCACGACUAAAAAUCUGGACAUGGACGAUACUUGGAGUUUGUACAGACACGUCAACGGGCAGCAGAUGCUUUCAUUUAGACGAUGCAGUGAAAGGAGGAGGCUCACUUUGUCUCUGUUUAAGACACUGGCAUCGGAGUGGACAGAAAGGACUGAAAAACACAACACUAAGGCUAAAGGCUGCACUUUUACUUUAAGCUUUGACUAAACUUCUGAAUCUCAGAUCUGACCUGAUUGGUCCCAAUGCCCUGAUGUAAAUACCCCGCCCCCUCAGGUCUGCACCCUUUGAAUUUGUUACUUAUCCAUCACUUCUGUCCAUCACAAGACAAAAAAUGAAAGAUCAGCUUUUGUCCCUUGUGCAGCUUUUGGGUUUUUUUGUAUCUGUAUGGGUUUCUAAUAAUGUUCUCAUUAGUUCUGCUGGUGGUUGCAGUUUGUCCGAAAUCUCUAUUUUAUCUCAUGCAACCAAGCAAAACCUACUGUCGCCACAGUUUCAUAUUCAUCCGAUACAGAAAGUCGUCUUCCAGGUUUAUAGUGCAUACUGGACUGGCACCAAAACAUAAUUAGUUGGUGAGAGGUUAAGGUUUUGGUUAAACUUGCGUAAAAGUUUGGUUAAACCCGUGUGAAGGUUUGGUUAAACCUGCGUAAAGGUUUGAUUAAACCUGCGCAAGAGUUUGUACCAGGUACGGUUAAUCCAAGGCAUCAUGUAUCUAAGAAUGUUGUGGUACUGCUAAGCAUGAGUUUGAUAUUGAUUGUAAUCUUGGUUCUUUUUGUGUGACAAAAUCAGUCUGAAUUCCUUGUUUCUUAGUAAAUGAAAGAGAUGAUGCUUUUCAUAGGAAAGAUACCUGUCAGUAAAUGACAAAGGAAAUCAGUUUAUUGGAGAUUGUUUCCAUGGAGUUCUUGAAUCCGUCAGGUUCUCCUGUUGUUCAUGUUUUCAGUUUAUAGCAGGGUAGUUGUACGGAAUAUCAAUUAUAUUUAGUGAAUUAAAUCUCAAUGUUUUGCACGUUCAUUAUUUGAAAAUCAGGUUUUUUCUUUUCUGUUUUUUUUUAGGGAUUUUUUUUUUUUUUUAGAUUUGAAUGCUGCCUGUUCAUGCCUGAUUUGUUGGUGUGAUUUGCGGUACACCUCAUAUUUUCAGCUUUUGUACAGCUACUGACGGUGAUGAUGACGAUGAUGAUGAUGAUGAUGAUGACGGUGAUGAUGGUGUUAUUGACUGUAGCUGUGAGUCUUUUGUAUUUGGUGUUAAUGGGUCUUGUGUUUUGUUUUCUAUUUUUUUGUUAGUUUUUUUGUUUUGUUUUUCAGUGGGAUCGAAGUGGAAACUGUAAUAAAAGAGUAAAUUCCAGCGUGAACGUGUUCGACUCCUGUUCUGAAAACACUCUUGACACAUUUUUCAGUGAAUAACCUGAGUUGAAUCCAUGUUCACAGUAUUAAAACAACAGCUGUGUGUCUGUGAAUAUGUUUGAAUGUAUUGUUUGUUUAAAGCUUUUUUUUUUUUUUACUUUUGUGUUGAUUUUUAGAUUUUUUUGGUCCUUUUUUUUCUGUUAUUUUAUUUGACACUGACUGUAGUGGGUUCAUGGAUUCUCCAACAAAGUCAUGAAAAGGAAACAAACUUGUGCGUUUAUGUGAUGCUUUCUUGAUUUAGUUUUUUAAUUUCAACGCAUUCUUUUUGGACGUACGGUGCAUGGUUUUAUCUUUUGGCAUGCUGAUACUGUUGUUUCUUUUGAUGGAAUUGUUCCGUCUCAUGUCGACUGUACAUAUUAAAACAUCAGCGCAAACAGCUGCAUUUACACAGUAGUUUCUGUUCUAAACUAUGGUGGUGUCAGAACUAGUAAGUGUUAAGUAAAAUACUAUGGCUACAUUUUUUUUUUUUGGUCUUAUUUUGGAGCCUUUAAAUUGAAACGAUGCUUAAUUUACAGGGAUCAAGUGUGUUUUUCUGAGGUAGAUGUACAUCUAAUCAAAUGCCAAAUAAACUGCACCAUGAAGGACGA